GCUUGCACAAAACUCUUUAGUCCGGUCUUAUUCUGAUAUUCAGGCUCAUUCGAAUCUUAUUGGAGGCUUAAUCUUCCCUAGCCGAUAAGUCGCUUGCACGAAAGAGACUAGACGGAAACAAGACUCCAAAUUAAGAUUGAAAUGAGACCGGAAUCUAGACUGCUUCGAGCUGGCUUAUCCAAAACUUAUUCAGUAUUUUCCAACAUGGCGGCCCUGCGGUUGGCCCGCCUCGAGAUGCUCUCCGAGCACUUGCUGCGCCGCGAACGUGUGUUUCGCGACAGGACAAAUCCGAUGGACGCCUUCAGCGAGGAGGAGCUGCAGCGGCGCGUACGCUUCGGGCGGGACGGCAUAGUAUUUCUUGUCGAGUUCCUUCGCUCCGAGAUCGAGCACCCGACGUGUCGGAGUGGUGCUUUGAGCUCCGAGCUGCAGGUGAUGCUGGCACUGAAAUUUUUUGCCUCCGGAUGCUUCUUGAUUACUGCCGGAGAUGUGAUCGGCGCCCACGAAUCGACCGCAAGCCGCACGGUACGCCGGGUUGCCUCAUCAGUUGGCCGUCGCCUAGACAGGUGCGGGGAGUCCAAGGCUGCUUCUACGCUGUCGCUGGCUUUCCGCGCGUCGUGGGUGCAAUUGACGGCACGCAUGUGCGGAUACAGGCUCCUGGAGAGCAUGAAGAAGCCUAUGUCAACCGCCACUUUUAUCACUCCAUAAACGUUGAACUUACUAAAUAAGGCAGUGGUUUUCUCGCUUAUGAUACGGACCAAAUCUAUUUUUGCUUCUUCGCUCCAGUGAUGGCUCUUGAGUCGCUUGGCGGGCG